UCUAAAACAAAUAACAGAAUGGAAUGGAAUGAAAUGUAACUCGGUAAUCUCUUUUAAAUUAUCAAAUGUUAAUAGUAUACGUACACUAGAAGGUAGCUUCAAUGGCUGAUAAACAUCGCUGAAGCUGAAAACAAGUGGUUAGUAAGCCCACAGACGUCGACCAUGCGAGUUCUUCUGUGCGCACUUCUGGUGACAAGCUUUCCAAAUGUUCUUGGCGUCACCUACUCCGGGAUGAUAGAUAUGGAACGACUGACCUCUGACCUCUUGAAGAACUACUCCGUGUCGACCCCAGCGUUCACAGAUAUCUAUGACAACACGACGAUGACGCUGGACAUGAGUCUCGUGGCUAUUCUCGACAUUGACGAAGUCCAACAGACGUUCUCGUUCUCGGCACACAUCGGGAUCACGUGGGAAGACGCGAGACUGAGGUGGAACUCUUCUGCGUACGGAGACAUUGAGAGCAUCCAGCUGAGAGUAGAGUACAUCUGGUUCCCGGCGUUUUACCUGCUCAAUCCAGCCGACAGCUCUACCAACCUGAACACCGACCUGCCCGUGUACGUGGACGACGCCGGCUUCGUCGCCCUCCGGAUAUACACCAUCUUCAAGACGACGUGUUCGCUGGACACGCGCCGCUACCCGUUCGAUACCCAGUCGUGUGACAUCCUCCUGACGUGUCCGCGGGGCACCGUCUCCCGGCUGGUUGUCAACGAGCCGAAAGUGAUCGCCGAGAAGCUGAUGUCAAUGGCCAGCGAGUGGAACCUAUACAGCAUUGGUGGAGAAGUCGUCAACCGCGGCCACAACGCCGAGAUCGACAUCGGUCGCUUCACCGUCGUCAUGACGAGAAAGAGCGUCUGCUACAUCACCAGCACCAUAUUUCCGAUGUUCCUCCUCUCCUUUCUGACGUCAUUCGUGUUUCUCUUUCCGCCGGACUCGGGCGAGAAGCUCUCCUACGUCAUAUCCAUCUUCGUGUCGUACGCCGUCUUCCUCAACUUCAUCAACGACGCCAUGCCGCGCACGUCCACCUUCAUCUCCAACCUCGAGGGCUACCUCAUCGGAGUCCUGCUGCACUGCGUCACCGCCAUACUCGCCAGCUUGGUCUGCGCCAGACGAGCUUUCGGCGGAAGUGACGCGCCUCUAGCCGAGAAACCCGACAUCAGCUGCUGCGGGUUGAAGAAGGUUGACCAAGGAUGCCCGGGGCACGAGAAGAAGAUGUUGUCUGCCAAUCAACUCAACAGGCGUGACUGGAUCUUCUUUGGAUGUUACGUCACGUCUGCGUUCCUUUUGCUCGGAAUGUUCACGCUUUAGCGUCGUUCUGUUUUCGCAUGGGUCGAAUGUACCCAACACACAUUGGUGUAGCCAGGAUUUUAUAAGGAUGGGGGGAACCUACAUUGGUAGCUCGAGUGACCUCUAGCCCUCCUGCCCCUUAUCAAUAAGGGGAGGGCUAGAGGUGACUCGAGCUAGAACAGUGGGUGGCUACGCCAGUGCCAGUACACAGAGAACAGUGUUCUGUAGAGUGAGUUAUAAAUGUGCUUAAGGUGAAAACGAACUUAAAAAGUUGUUGGUGAACCUUAGCGCCGGUCUUUGUGGAUGAACGUAGUCCAGCUAUGAACCCUUGUAAGGAUUAUCUAGUGGCUUUAAAAAUGUGUUCUUAUGGAAUACUUACAAAGCAACUACAACCACGUUUAAUCCAAUGAAAUGUGUGCAAUAAGGUAUGUUUGUGCAAAAUAAAAUGUAGUAAAACGUAGAACUAAACUAAAUAUCAUUGUGCACAAGACUAUAACGAAGUUGUGUAUGCAUAUGGAAAAUAAAUAUGUUAAAAGAAUGA